AUGGAGCUUCAGUUUUGGUCUGAUUUGGUUUCUCUCUUGGAAAAGCUGAAUGGUCGGAUGCUCUUGGUAUUUCUGCUCUUGUUUCUUUUGAUUAUUGACCUUGUGAAAAAGAGACGACCUAGGAAUUUUCCUCCGGGGCCACAGCUCUUUCCUCUUGUAGGAACCUUUGUGGAUUUCAAGCAGCCCCUCCAUCUUGCUCUGCAGAAGCUCACUGGUCAGUAUGGGAACAUCUUCAGUGUGCAGUUUGGAAGUCUGACUUUCGUGGUUGUCAACGGAUACCAGAUGGUGAGAGAAGCUCUUGUCCACCAGGCUGAAAUAUUUGCUGAUCGGCCAAAUAUUCCACUCCUCCAAGAAAUAUUCAAAGGCUUUGGGCUCAUAUCUUCAAAUGGGCACAUAUGGAGGCAACAGAGAAAGUUUGUUUUAGCAACACUGAAGAGCCUUGCCGUAAAUUUUGAGGAAAAAGUGCAAGAGGAGAGCCGGUACCUCGUGGAGACGAUCGAGGAGGAGAAAGGACAACCAUUUGACCCUCACUACAAAAUUAAUGGUGCUGUUUCAAACAUCAUCUGUUCCAUAACUUUUGGGAACCGCUUUGACUACCAUGACAACCGUUUCCAGGAAUUACUGCACUUGCUGGCUGAAACACUGCUACUCAUUGGAAGUUUCUGGGGCCAGUUGUAUAACGCUUUUCCUUUGGUCAUGAGCUGGCUGCCAGGACCCUUCAAGAAAAUCUUCAGGCACUGGGAGAAACUUCGAUAUUUUGUGAAAGGUGUGAUUGCAAAGCACAAGGAGCAUUUGGACCAGUCUGAGGCGGGAGAUUAUAUUGACUGUUACCUGAGGGAAAUAGAAAAGUUUAAGGGUGACACCAGCUCAUAUUUCCAUGAGGAAAAUCUGUUGUGCUCCACCUUGGACCUGUUCUUAACUGGGACUGAGACAACGGCGACCGCCAUCCGCUGGGCUGUGCUCUACAUGGCCACGUACCCCCACAUCCAGGAGAAAGUACAGCUGGAAAUCGACACGGUGCUUGGCCAGUCCCGCCAGCCCACGAUGACCGACAAGGACAAUAUGCCCUACACCAGCGCCGUGCUGAGCGAGGUCCUGAGAAUGGGCAACGUGGUGCCACUGGGGGUGCCCAGGAUGGCCACCAGCGACACCACCCUGGCUGGCUUCCACUUGCCCAAGGGCACCACUCUGAUGACCAGCCUGACUUCGAUAAUGUUCGACAAAAACGUGUGGGAGACUCCAGACACCUUUAAUCCUGAACAUUUCCUGGAAAACGGCCAGUACAGGAGACGGGAGGCUUUUCUGCCCUUCUCUGCAGGCAAGAGGGCUUGUCCCGGGGAGCAGCUUGCCAGGACUGAGCUCUUCAUCUUCUUCGUAGCCCUCCUGCAGAAGUUCACCUUCCGGGCGCCGGCAGACACCGCGCUGACCUUCGCCUUCACACUCAGCCUCACACGCUGCCCCAAGCCCUUCCAGAUCUGUGCGUUGCCUCGCGACUGAGGCCAGUGUGGGGCUGCCCCAUGACUGCCCUCUGCAGCCCUCCACAACCUGGAGAGUGUCCCUUCACCAAUCUGCCCCACAGAUUUUGGGCUGCAAUGAUGGGCCGUAGAGGUCUAGCACCCAUCAACAUCUGGGUUGCAGGGAAAGGGCAGAAGGGCCACAUCCUGAACACUGCAACAAAGACAACCCUUGUGGUUCUUCCCUUCAUUCCUCCUCCUCUCUACCAUUUUGAAAAAAUGCAUGAAUGUAAAAGCCUUAUUACCUCAUUUCCAUCGUUAGCAACUCACAGGAAGGUGUAUGCCACCCGUGAAAACAUGGUUUCGUGUUGACUUCUCCGUAAGGGGAUAUGCCCAUCACCCAGAGACCAUUUAGCAACCACUAAAUCCCAAAGCUGCAGAACCCCAUAUAGCCAAGGGCUGUGUUUUCUGAAGUGUCCCUUGGCAGGGAGAGCAGUUGGCCUUGGACAUGAUAUACAAGCCCUGAGCUUAUGCCUGAGCACAAAUUUGUACUUCAAGGUGGCCACUGACAAUCAUGAGCCUCGGGUGGGAUUGGGGUUGGGCUCAGUGUGGUGGGCACUUCCUGCACCACCACACUGAUGCCUUGUGAUGGAAAUAGCAGAAUGGUUUUGUUUAGAAGGGACCUUAAAGCUCAUCUUGUUCCACCCCCCCUGCUGCGGGCAGGGACACCUUCCACUAGGCCAGGGUCGCUCCAAGCCCCAAGUCCAAGUCCAACCUGGCCUUGAACACUUCCAGGGAUUAGAAAUAACUAAGCAGAGAUCUCUGCAGCAGCAUGCAUUUUUUGGAUCUCAUAGAUAAUAUGGAAAUUUUAAUUAGGAAGCAAUAGGGGAGAAGAACCUUAUACCAAAAUUCCAACCCAAGUGGGAUGGCACAAGGAGCUGUGCAACCAGCAGGCCUGGAAUGAUUAUAAAAAUACAGUAUUGGGAUAUUGUAAUGGAAAUGCAAUAGGUUUCUGCUAAUAAAAUAAAAACCAGGAAAGUUGCAAAAAAAUAAUGCCUCUGUUGUUUGGGAGCACUUUAUCCAAAGCCCAAGAGAAGGAGAAGCAGCAGAGAGUGUUGGAAGGGUCGUGCCUGUGGCAGCUCACCGCUGGCUGUCAGGAAGGAAGUGGCUUUGUGGUGAAAAGUCUCGAGUUCAACACUUCCCCUCUGUAUGUGGCAAAGAUUUGUGUCCAUGAUGGCCAUGAUGGGCCUGGACACAGCGUGGGGCCGAGGAAGUGGGUUGGGACAUGGCCCCCUCGGUGACAGACACACUGCUCCUGCCCAUACCAGCUCCCUUUGGAUAAGAGUUCAUUAAACAUGCAACUUGUAAAGAGCUUUUUCAUUUACGUGACCAAAUAUUUAUGCUCAAAAA